GCAUGGAGUUUUGAGCGUACGAAUAUCAAGAAAUUUUUGAAUUGUGUAUAUUUUUGUGAUUGUUGUUGGUUUUAUUUAUCAAAUUGUGUUGAAAUGUUAUUGAAUCGUUGUAAUUUUGUGCUAAUUGCACUUACCAUCAUCCUUAGCGUACUGUCCCACAGUGAAGCCUUCGUUGUCCGGCUUUUAACAGAAACUCUUCAAAAUAAUGUGGCCGGUGAACCAAUAACACACGUGCGCACCGAAUGGGACUUUGAUCCGGAAGUAAGUCAAAAACGACGAGUGCUCUUCUAUGAGACGCAUGGCUAUCGCGCUGCUAAAUUUAUUGAACGCAUUGGCCUCGGACUCGACGGGCGCGAGGAAGAACGGCGAGCAGCACAGCAGGUGCGUGAUAUUGGACGACUAAAUGGUGAACAUAACAUCAACUUUCCACCGGAUCCGCAAACGUAGCUGGGAUACAAGUCAUUGUCAAAUAAUAUAAAAAUGAUUUAAUAUUAAAUAUCAACUCACUUAACGCAUUAAUCAUUACGGCAAAUAAGCAAAUAAAAUAAGCGAAGAAGUCUGCAAAUCCCAGCUAGUUGAGUUCGAAAAGCUACUCGAAAACGUAU